AUGCGCAAAGAUCCCUUCAAGCCCGCAGCCCGAGUGGCCGGUCAGAAGCAGGAUGUCUGGUCUAUUGUCAAUGAAGCAGCUGCCUCUUCCAAGGUGUCUGAUGUAGUCAACAUGGGACAAGGCUUCUUCGGCUACAACCCUCCCCAAUUCGUCAUUGAUGCCGCCAAAGGUGCUCUGGACAGAGUCGAGUGCAACCAGUACUCGCCCACAAAAGGAAGACCUCGUCUGAAGAAAGCUCUGGCAGACGCAUACUCUCCAUUCUUUGGCCGUACUCUGGAUCCCGAGAAAGAGGUUACCAUCACAACCGGCGCAAAUGAGGGCAUGCUCUCCGCCUUCAUGGGCUUUGUCGAGCCUGGCGACGAAGUCAUUGUUUUCGAACCUUUCUUCGACCAGUACAUCCACAACAUCCAGAUGCCCGGCGGCAAGGUCGUCUACGUGCCCCUCCAUCCUCCCGAGAAGGGUGCUACACAGACCACCUCCGCUGGAGAUUGGUCUAUCAACAUGGACGAGCUGAAGGCUGUUAUCAACGACAAGACCCGCAUGAUUGUCCUCAACACUCCUCACAACCCCAUUGGCAAGGUCUUCACAAGGGACGAGCUGCAGGCAAUCGGUGACCUGUGCGUCGAGCACAACAUCAUCAUUCUGAGCGACGAAGUCUACGAUCGUCUCUACUACACUCCCUUCACCCGUAUGGCUACUCUGUCUCCUGAGAUCGCUAACCUCACUCUUACCGUGGGUUCCGGAGGCAAGAACUUCUACUGUACAGGCUGGCGUGUAGGAUGGUUGAUCGGUCCAGAGCAUCUCAUCCAACCUGUCAGUGCUGCUCACACUCGCAUUUGUUACAGCAGUGUCAGCCCUCUGCAAGAAGCCACCGCUAUCGGCUUUGAGGAGGCAGACAAGCAUGGCUUCUGGGACGAGACCAAGGCCGAGAUGAGAGGCAAGAUUGAUCGUUUCGUUGCCAUCUUCGAUGAGCUGAAUCUUCCCUACUCUGAUCCCGAAGGCGGCUAUUUCGUCCUGGUCAACAUGUCCAAGGUCAAGCUUCCUGAGGACUACCCAUUCCCUGAUCAUGUCGCCAGCCGUCCCCGUGAUUUCAAGCUCUCAUACUUCAUCAUCAAGGAGCUUGGUGUCGCUGCCAUUCCUCCCACAGAGUUCUUCACCGAUGACAAUGCACACAUCGUUCAAGACUGGUUGCGAUUUGCCAUUUGCAAGAACGACGAUGUGCUUGACAAGGCCAAGGACAGACUCAGAGGUCUGAAGAAGUACAUGCAUUGA